AUGACAUCCGAGAGUCCAGUGCCAGCCCUUGACUGCGGCAGACGGCUUCUCCCAGCGGUUAUCGACCAGCGUGCCAGGGACGAACCCGAGAGGCCUUGGUGCUCCCUUCCCAGAGACGACUAUGAUCUGUCCAAAGGCUUCGAAGACAUCUCGUUCUCUCGAUUUGCGAAUGGUAUCAACAAGCUAGCAUGGUUCAUCGAGAAGACGAUCGGGAAAUCCACCUCCUUCGAGACCGUCGCGUAUCUGGGGGUAAACGAUGUUCGCUACCACUUGAUGCAGAUGGCCGUGUGCAAAACAGGUCAUAAGGUGCUGUUCUCGACAAUGCUCAAUACCCCUGCAGUUCAUGUCUCCCUGAUGGAACAGACCGGCUGCAAGACCCUGUUCACAGCUCAAGGAGUCCACGUGAAGGACAUAUUAGCCUCCCGGCCAAUGAAGCAUGCGGUAAUCCCUGAACUCGAGGAAUUGUUGGAAGGAGGUCCUGUGCCGUAUUACCCGUACGAGAAGACAUUUGAAGAAGCCGAACACGACCCAUACCUUAUCCUUCAUACAAGCGGGACGACAGGAGAUCCAGACCGCCAUGUCCUGUUAGAGGAACGCGAGGGACGAAAGCACUGUUUGAUGUUGUCACACCCCGGUGAGGACGUUCGUUACAUCAUCACGACCUCGCCGUUCCAUGCUAUCUCUUCAGGAUUCGCUAUGUGCAUCUCAGUCUUCGGCAAGACCGUCUUCCUUCCCGGAUUCCGCCACCGCACCGCUUCCGCAAGCGAGGUGCAUUUGCUGAUUCCACACGCGAAUGCCUCCAAGGCUUUCUUCACGCCAUGGGUAAUGGAAGAUAUCUCUCGACGUCCAGAUGCUGCGAAAUUCAUAAAGCCCUUGCAGCAUGUCUGCUUUGGUGGUGCCGUGCUGUCAUCCCAUGCAGCGAGUAUCUGGGCCAAGUAUACCAGGAUCCAAAACUUUUGGGGCGCCACCGAGGCUCUUGCUGCGGCUCAACUCGAGGCUGAUAGAGAAGACUAUGCUUACAACUAUUUCGACGUAUUCACAAAUGGCUAUGAAUUCCGUCGUAUCGAAGACGCAGGAUAUGUGUCAGAAGAUGGCGUCGCCAACGACCUGUAUGAAUUUGUCAUGAAGCUGAACGAGACCUCGGCACCGAUUGCCAGCUGGCAUGCCCGUCAAAAUAUCCACCCGUCGACUACCACCCCGCCUCUCCCGGAAUGGUUUACAGGAGACCUCUGGACACCCCACCCCGACCCAGCGAAAGCGGCUUACGCCUGGAAGUUCGUAUGUCGAAAAGACGACCUCAUCUCCUUCUCAACGGGGGUGACAGGACACCCUGCUCCUAUAGAGCGCGCAAUCACAUCGGCCGAGAAAGUCCGCGCUGCGAUCCUCAUAGGAGAUAAGCACCAACAGUCCCUCGCACUUAUCGAGCUCAUGCAUGGAGCCGAGCCGUCCCCGAAACUGGCGAAAGAGAUAUGGGAGCAGACCAUCCAGCCUGCCAACGAGAAGGUACAGACACACAUCCGUGUGGCAAAGACACAUGUUGUGUUAGUGACAGCCGACGGGUUCGUCCGGACAGCAAAGGGGAGUGUAGUGCGAAAGCACACAGAGGAGAAGUUUAAGGACCUGAUCGACGGAGUGUACGAAAAGCAUGGCGACAAAUGGCAGGAUGCCAAGGAGAGGUAUGGUUCGAUCUCACAAUCGACGGAGAUCACAGUUGAGAUUCACUAG